AUGUAUCAACCAACGUAUUUCCUAAUAAGAGAUCAUACAACUCAGUCAAUAAUUUUAGCAUUACGUGGUACAAUGUCAAUACACGACUUGAUUGUUGAUUUGACUUGCGAGUAUGAAAAAUUCCAAUUACCCGAAGAUAUCCAAAAAGGUGACAAUACAAUACAUUAUGUGCACAAAGGAAUGUUCCAAGUGGCAAAGAGUUUAGUUAAACCUGGAAAAGUAGGUGUUUUUGAAGCAUUAAAAAGGGAAUUGCAACAGAAUGAUGGUUAUGGUUUGGUCUUGGUUGGCCAUUCACUUGGUGCUGGUGUUGCGAGUUUAUUAACAUUAUUGUUGGCGUCACCUACUACACGUAUGACAACUAGAUGGAGUGGUUUGCCUUUAGGCCGUAGAGUACAUUGUUAUGUAUUUGCCACGCCGUGUGUGAUGUCGAUUGACUUAUCUAAAAAAGCAAAAACUUUAGUAACAUCUGUAGCUUAUGGUAAUGAUGUUGUAUGUAGAUUGAGUUUAGGUCAUGUAAAAGAUUUACGUGGUGUAGUACGAUAUUUGGGUAGCGCAAAUGCAUCAACCACUCCUAAAACGCCAUCUCCGUCGAAAGUUGAAGCAGAUCAAGAAGUUAUACCCGAAGAAAAUCAUGAACUGGCUAGUAAGGUGUUUAGGAAAUUUUUGGAUUACAAAUCUAGGACAUUUUCAGAGAACGAUGAAAAGAGCAUGGUUAUUAAACGUGAAUUUGAACAAUUCUUUUGGAAUGUUAGAGAAGAAAUCCGUUCACAUAUGAAAAACGUUAAAUUAUAUCCUCCUGGUAAAGUAUAUUGGAUUAUUGAUAGUAAAAGAGCACCAUAUUGUAAUGCCAGUGAAGAGAUUGUCAGUGGUCAUGAUGAACAUGACAAGAAGCGUAAAAUAGAAAAGGAACAGAAAAAGGAAAAGGAGGGUGGCGUUGAAGAUGAUUCUGACGAAGAGAUAUUUUUUGAGAAAAAUGGAUUAUAUAAUAUGUUGGAAAUUAAUAAUGUUGAAAAUAUUUUUGACGAAAUAUGGUUUACUCCGCAAAUGAUGACUGAUCAUCUUCCACAUGUUUAUGAAAAUGUUUUGAAAAAAUUAUAA